CAGUUGAGAUAGAGGAUGGACUUUGUUCCUCCACAUGUGAGUCCGGCCCUGAGUUUGGCUCAAAGUUCAGGUCACGCCGUCAGUUCCAGAACCGCCUCUUUAAAGACCAAACUGCACGCAGACCGAGCCACCAGAACCAUGACCCGCCGGGCCCUGCUGCUUCCCCUCCUCCUGGGCCUGUGUGUCCUGGGAGCCACCGGUCAGGAGGCCGGGGACCCAGAGACGCCCCCACCUGCACCGCCUCUGUCGGGUGAAAGCUCCGACGGCACCCGGCCGGGCGAGGAUGAGGAGGACCAGGAGUGGGGGAUGAACUCCCUCAGAGGCAGCUUCGAGGCGGUCAGCGGAUACUUUGACUCCAUGCUGGAGUUUAUGGGCGGACGGGACGGCGUGUGUCAGUACCGCUGCAGAUACGGUAAAGCUCCUCUUCCUCGUGUAGGAUACAAGGUGCCGGAGCCUGACGGGUGCAGCUCGUACUUCUUCGGUCUUCCUGUUCCAGACGGGAUGGACGUGGGCAUCCCUGCUAUGACCAAGUGCUGUAACCAGCUGGACAUGUGUUACGACACCUGCGGCUCCAACAAGUAUCGCUGCGACUCCAAGUUCCGCUGGUGCCUCCACAGCAUCUGCUCCGACCUGAAGAAGAGCCUGGGCUUCGUGUCGAAGGUCGAAGCUUGUGAAACAGUAGCCGACACUCUGUUCAACACGGUGUGGACCCUCGGCUGCAGACCCUACAUGAACAGCCAGCGAGCCGCCUGCUACUGCCAAGGAGAGGAGAAAGAUGAACUUUAGACCACGAGCAGACUCCUUUUUAUCUUAUAUAUUUUAACUCCAGAUCCACGCCACGCCUCUCAGCUGCGAAUACUUCAGUAAUUUAUUUGAAACGUUUUACUUAUUUUCCUCCUAAAAAUUAAACUUCAUAAACAAAAGUUGUCAAAUGCCCAGAAACUGGUGUUUAAGUGUUCCACUGGAAAUAAGGUCCUACAAAUGUUAAAUACAUGUAAAAUAAAAAUAUAAACUUUGUUUAUUCUGGCAGCAUUCAUGACCUGAAGGUAUAAACCAGCAGAACAGCUCAUUUAGCAGAACUCUAGAAAUUAUCUAAAUUAUUUUCAGCAGGAGUUUAGCUGUUUUUUUUCUCCAGCUGAAAAGCCUGCUUCUUGCUGAUGAUCUUUUAGAAGCUAGAAAGUCUGAUUCACAUCCAAAAAAUGUGUUUUUCAAUUCUUUAAAUAGAAAAAAAUAUCAAGCCGAAUAAACUGCAACUUAAACACA